AUGGCGAUGCAGCUUGACUUGUCCCAAGCUUCCAUGUUGAAGGAUGAAUCGGGCCGGCCGUUCAUUGUCGUUCGAGACCAGGGAAAGAAGAAGAGACAGCAUGGUAACGAUGCGGUGAAAGCUCACAUUGUUGCCGCCAAAACCGUUGCCAACAUCGUGAAAUCUUCUCUGGGUCCUCGUGGUCUCGAUAAAAUUUUGAUCUCCGCAGAUGGCGAUAUCACCGUUACCAACGAUGGCGCUACUAUCCUGGGUCAGAUGGAAAUCACAAACAACGUCGCCAAGCUCUUGGUUGAGCUUUCGAAGUCCCAGGACGAAGAGAUUGGUGAUGGAACAACUGGUGUCGUCGUUUUGGCUGCUGCCAUGUUGGAGCAGGCUUCCGAUCUUAUUGACAAGGGCAUCCACCCCAUCCGUAUUGCCGAUGGCUACGACCAAGCCUGCGAGAUUGCCGUUGCGAAGCUUGACGAGAUCAGUGACUCGAUUCCGUUCAGCCGGGAUGACACAAACAACCUGCUGCAGGUCGCAAAAACCAGCUUGGGUAGCAAGAUUGUCUCCAAGUCCCACGACCAGUUCGCCCAGAUCGCCGUCGACGCAGUGCUUUCGGUUGCCGAUCUCGAUCGCAAGGAUGUUGAUUUCGAAUUGAUCAAGGUGGAUGGAAAGGUUGGAGGUGCUCUCGAAGACUCUUUGCUUGUUAAGGGUGUUAUUGUCGACAAGGACUUCUCCCACCCUCAGAUGCCCGACGAAGUCCGCGAUGCCAAACUGGCGAUUCUGACCUGCCCGUUCGAGCCUCCCAAGCCGAAGACCAAGCACAAGCUCGACAUCACAUCCGUCGAAGAAUUCAAGAAGCUGCAAGACUACGAGAGCGAGAAGUUCACUGAGAUGAUCCAUAACCUGAAGGAUGCGGGUGCCAACCUGGUUAUCUGCCAAUGGGGUUUCGACGACGAGGCCAACCACCUUCUGCUCCAGAACAAGCUUCCCGCUGUGCGGUGGGUCGGCGGCCCUGAAAUCGAGCUGAUCGCUAUCGCAACGAACGGUCGCAUCGUUCCCCGAUUCGAAGACCUGAGCGCGGAGAAGCUUGGAACUGCCGGCAGUGUGCGGGAGAUGACUUUCGGUACCACCCGUGAGAAGAUGCUUGUCAUUGAAGAUUGCGCCAACAGCCGUGCCGUUACGAUAUUCGUACGAGGAAGUAACAAGAUGAUCAUCGACGAAGCCAAGCGUUCGCUGCACGAUGCCCUUUGCGUCGUUCGCAACCUGGUCCGUGACAACCGAGUUGUGUAUGGUGGAGGUGCUGCCGAGAUCGCUUGCGCUCUGGCCGUGGAAGACGCCGCCGUCAAGAGCCCCGGAAUCGAACAGUACGCCAUGCGCGCUUUUGCCGAUGCGCUGGAUGCCGUGCCAAUGGCCCUCGCCGAGAACUCUGGAUUGAGCCCCAUUGAGACCCUUGCCUCGGUCAAGUCGCGCCAGGUUAAGGAGAACAACUCCCGACUGGGUGUCGACUGCAUGUUGACCGGUAACAACGAUAUGCGGGAGCACUUCGCCAUCGAUCCCCUGAUCAGCAAGCGACAGCAACUGUUGCUCGCUACUCAGCUCUGCCGCAUGAUCAACAACGUCAUCAUUUUCGGCGACGACGAGCAGGACUUCUAG